CUCCCAGUAGUCUGUUCGAAAGCAAGAACUCAGUUUUCUGUGCCCUGAGAGGAAUCAAUAAAAAAAAAAAAGGACAAACCGCGGAGCAGUGUGGGUGGAAGAGGAGAGAUAUACACACUCAGAAAUGGCUCUGAAGAAGGAUGAGCAAGAAGGGGAUGUGUUGCUGACUAAAGGGGAGUCCGACUCAGAGGUUAAGCUCAUUCUCUACCACUGGACUCAUUCCUUUAGUUCCCAAAAGGUACGCUUAGUAAUUGCUGAAAAGAAACUGAAGUGUGAGGAACAUGAUGUAAGUCUCCCCCUGAGUGAACACAACGAACCAUGGUUUAUGCGUUUGAACUCUUCUGGAGAAGUACCUGUCCUCAUCCAUGGGGAAAACAUUCUGUGUGAGGCAACUCAGAUAAUUGAUUAUCUUGAACAGACUUUCGUGGAUGAAAAGACACCCAGGUUAAUACCUGAAAAAGAAAGCAUGUAUUACCCACGAGUCCAGCACUACCGAGAACUCCUUGACUCCUUACCCAUGGAUGCCUAUACACAUGGUUGCAUUUUACACCCAGAACUAACAGUGGACUCCAUGAUCCCUGCUUAUGCAACAACAAGGAUUCGCAGCCAGAUAGGUAAUACUGAGUCUGAACUGAAGAAACUUGCCCAAGAAAAUCCAGACCUUCAGGAUGCGUAUAUAGCAAAGCAGAAGCGUCUUAAGUCAAAGCUACUGGACCAUGACAAUGUAAAAUAUUUGAAGAAAAUACUUGAUGAACUUGAGAAGGUUCUGGAUCAAGUUGAAACUGAAUUGCAAAGGAGAAAUGAAGAGACCCCAGAGGAGGGCUGCCAGCCUUGGCUCUGUGGUGAAUCUUUCACAUUGGCAGAUGUAUCGCUUGCUGUCACAUUGCAUCGACUGAAGUUCCUGGGGUUUGCAAGGAGAAACUGGGGAAACGGAAAGCGACCAAACUUGGAAACCUAUUACGAGCGUGUCUUGAAGAGAAAAACAUUUAACAAGGUUUUAGGACAUGUCAACAAUAUAUUAAUCUCAGCAGUGCUGCCAACAGCAUUCCGGGUGGCCAAGAAAAGGGCCCCAAAAGUUCUUGGCACCACCUUUGUGGUUGGUCUGCUUGCAGGAAUGGGAUAUUUUGCUUUUGUGCUUUUCAGAAAGAGAUUUGGCAAUGUGUUUUUAGCACUGAGAGCAAGGCAAAAUUAUUUCUAGGCUUGUGUUGGGUUGGCCAUGGCAACUGAUAUAGCCUUUCCAAUCUACACUUGCCCACUCUCCUAGGGCUGGUAAAGAAUUAUCCCAAGUGAGUGGGAAAGCGUGCUGAUUUAAUUUCCUUUACUCUCUGGCUAGCUUAUGUGGUGAGGGUAAGCUACAGGGUUUUUUUUUUGUGUGUGUACUUUGGAAAAUUUUGAGAACUUGUUUGCAAGGUUGAAUUAAUUCAUCUUUUAAAAAAUGGACAAGGUGAAUUAUUUAUAUAAAAAUGUUUUAUAGAACUAGACUAUUGUCUCAAGAUUGUGAUUCCUCCUUGCUACAUAAAUAAAAAGACAUGCUGCUGAAUUAUUUAUGGAGUUUAUUAUUAUAAGCAGCCAGUAGUAAUCUGUGCUUGCAUGUAUUUCUUUAUCUGAGUAUCUCAAAGUGCUUUCUGAAUCUGAUCUCAAUAGUACUUGCAAUAUGACAUUACAUCAAUAGACAUUGUUCAUACAAGCUAGAAAUCCUUUCUAGUACUCUAGGCCAGUGGGCAUCCACCUCCUCAUUUUGGAGAGCCAUCAGGGGUGCCAAGGAAUACCCAUCUGUACCCUUUUGUGUCACUGGUAGCCCUGAGGUAGAAAUAGGAAAAGAAGGAAAAAGGAAGAGGAAGAAAUAAGAGAAAAAAUUAAAAAGAGAAGAAAAACAUGCAAGUGCCACUCUUUGGUGUGAUGAGACCAGCAGUUUUUUUUUCCCCUACUUUUAUCCUUUCCAGGGCCCUAAGUUGCUUGUCUCCUUGCUAAAUAACACAUUUACCCAGAUGUCUCACCAGAGUUCUGGGGUUUAUGAUAGGAAGGAUGAAAGAAUUUCUGAAGGUAGUGGAUUGGAGAGGAGCCUAGAAUUUACCUCUACACUAUUUCGUUUAAACCUGAUUGGUUUAAAAAAAAUACAUUUGAAUCUCUAAUAAUGUCAAUGGCUUUUCCAGUUGGAAAUUUGGCUAAGAUUAUACCAAACAGAAUAUACUUGUCUUGCCUAGAAAAAUAGCGAAGGUUAUAUUGCCAUAAGUGAUGAAGCAAAGUAAUUUUACUUUCCAAACCUGACCCUAAGAGAGCCUUAAGGAAGUAUUUGGUUUUUCCUAUGUUGGGUACCAUGCAUAAAUAUAAGAAACCUGAACUGAAGUAAGCUUCAAAAUCCAGAAGGGGGCAAUUUAGUGCCUGGAUUAGACUUCAGUUUUUAACUUUGUUUUGUCAUUAACUUAGGAAAAUCUUUUGACCAUUCUGGGCCUCGGUUAUCUCAUCUCCAAAAAGAAAGGAUGAGCUGAGAUGAUCCCUUUUAGUCUCAUUGACCCCAAAGUUUCUGUGAAAAACUUGCCGUGUCAGCCCCAGGCUGACCAUGGAGAAAAUGCCAAAGAAUGCAUUCAUUCCUCGCUCUUCCUUUUCAUUAAUAGGAAACAGUCAUACCUAGAAAACAAUAACUUGUUGUCAAUGGUAAAAACAACAACACAUUUCUGUAAUUCCAUGGCAUGAUCCGACAGUUUGGGAGAUCUUGAUGAACUGGAUAUGCUCCAUGUACAAAAACUGAAUACUAUCUCCAGAGUAAACUUAAUCCAACAAUAUUAACAUGUUGGCAGCUUUGGUUAUAUUUGUACUUUGUAUUAAAAUGCAUUAUGCUGUGGUAUAUCUGCAUUGAUUUAUCUCUGGAAAAUCUCACUGCAUACAUUUCCAAUGUAAUCCAUCAUUGCAGGCAUUAGUAAGUUGUUUGUGGUAUUUUUUGGCUAUUCAGAUUACUGUCAUAUUAACAUUGGGAGUUUCAGAGUGAGAAAACAGAAUUGGAUUUUUAUAAAAAUCAGGAGGAAACUUUCACCAAAAAAAUAUUUUUUUGGCUACGACACAGAGCAGUAGUUCAGUGCUGGCUAGUCUUCCCGUUUUCAUUAUUAAUACAGCAAAGACAGGACCAACACAAUUCAUGAAAAACUUGAGGUUUUUUACGUGCAAAGAUGAUGCCACUGACCCCUGUCUCUGGGAUGUCACAUGGUACAAGUUGCGUGGUAACUUGUAAGGACGAUUACCUGCUGAAGGAUUAAGAUAACCACAAGAUGUCGCUCUUCAGCCAGUGCUACCCAACCGAGAGCAGUUCAGGAUAAACCGAAGGAAGCACUGUUUUGCCAAGUGCAGGUUCAGAGGACAUUUCCAUGAGAUCAGUCUACUGGUUGAAUACAAGAGCUAUUCCUUUCUAAUGCUUUAGAAAGGCACUUCCACACUGGAAAGCCCAAAGUUAAACUGACCAGCUGUAGGACCCAACAUGUAUCAUCUAGCUAUACAAACUGUUAUUAGAAGACCCUUGCUUGCUAGAUACCCCUUUUACAAGUUCCUAUUCAUGUGCUUGAGCCUGGUUUAAUUGUCCCUCAAUAUAUACUACUCAGCCACCAAUAUUUUGUUUCUUCAAUUUUAGAAAGUCCUGUAAUACUUAAAAGCUGAAAAAUAUUGAAAGCACUAACAGGGAACUUCAUCUCAGGUUGGUUGCUGAAGCCUCAUCUCUGUAAUCUACUUUUAUUACUUUUGCAAUUACAUGUUUUGGUCCUGUUUUUUGAAGUUCUGGUGAUUCUGGCAUUGACAAUGAUUUAUGGAUUAGAUACAAUUCUUAGACAUUUUAUUUCUGUUUUCUCUUCUUGACUGAAUAUAACAUAUAAAUAGAAGUAGAGAUGCAAGGUAAUAUUUUCAAUGUAACCUCUUUAAAUGUAAUUAGCCAAUAAACAUGGAUCCUAAAGCAAAAA